AUGUUCUAUGAGAGUGACAUACCGGGGAAGGGUAUUGGGCUCAUUGCCGGGAGACCAAUUCGAAGAGGUGAAAUUGUCAUGAAGAAGCGGCCGUCAUUGCUCGUACAAGUAGAAAUACAAGCCAGGACAGACGUACACGUACGAGACAUUCUUUAUGGUCACGCAAUGGACAGGAUGAGAGACCGAGACCGCGGCCGUGUCAUGGGUAUGAUUGGCAGCGACCUGGGCGACAAGAUUGACAAGAACUGUUUUCGGUUGCGGAUAAGCACAGAUGAGAAUGCCGAUGGUGGCGAUCACCAUAUUGGUUGUUACCCUGACGUCGCCAGGUUGAACCACGAUUGCAGACCGAGCCUCGUAUACGACAUCAAUAACUCUGUCCAUGUUAUCUCCGCGGUACGAGAUAUUGCCGCUGGUGAAGAGCUGAGCAUCAGUUACAUCCGUCUGCUCUCUCCUCGAGCUCAGCGUUUAGCACAGUUGAAGCAUUGGGGGUUCGAAUGUUCCUGUGGGCAUUGUAACAUGAGCGACAAAGAUGCAGCCACGUCUGAUGCUCACCUACGUGCCAUAGUCGGUCUUGAGGGGGACCUUGGUAACUUCAAGGACAUGUUGGUGAUGCCCGAGACGGGUGCUAAGCUGGUAGAGCUGUAUCAGCGAGAGAGACUAGAUUUGUAUUUGAGCAGGGCUUAUGAACAGGCGGCCAUAAACUACGCUGCUUUUGGCAUGGACGACGAAGCAAAGAAGUAUGCUAGAUUGACCUUGGAACACUUGGAGAUUGAGCCUGCAAGUAGCGCUGCAGAUGCUGCUUCGAUGAGGCUGCUGUCGGAGAAUCCGAGGUUGCACGGAGCAUGGGGAGUUCGUCUAAAGGGGAUUAAAUGA